UGCUUGUCUUGGAGAAGUGAGGGAAAGUUCUCUGGGCUGUGUCGCAGCUGACUUUCCCUCCCUCUCCCUCAGUCCGGACUGCACAGGCACCUGCCCCCAGCACCCAGAGGGAGAUCCCCGGCCGUCAGCAGCAGCAGGUUCCGAACGCUGCCGGAGCCCCUGCUCCCACCCGUCUGUGAGCAAUGAACACUUCGUGCUGCCUGCUGUCUGCUCAGCCAACCGUGCCCAACAGCUCAGAGCAGCUCGCCGCCCCCUCCCUCAGCAACCAGAGCAGCAGCGGGUUCUGCGAGCAGGUCUUCAUCAAGCCCGAAGUCUUCCUGGUGCUGGGCAUCGUCAGCCUGCUGGAGAACAUCCUGGUCAUCCUGGCCGUGGUCAGGAACGGCAACCUGCACUCGCCCAUGUACUUCUUCCUCUGCAGCCUGGCAGUGGCCGACAUGCUGGUGAGCGUGUCCAAUGCCCUAGAGACCGUCAUGAUCGCCAUCGUCAACAGCAACUACCUGACCUUCGAGGACCGGUUCAUCCAGCACAUGGACAACGUCUUCGACUCCCUGAUCUGCAUCUCCCUGGUGGCCUCCAUCUGCAACCUGCUGGCCAUCGCCGUGGACCGGUAUGUCACCAUCUUCUACGCGCUGCGCUACCACAGCAUCAUGACCGUGCGGAAGGCGCUGGUCUGGAUCGCGGCCAUCUGGGCGUGCUGCGGUGUGUGCGGCGUGGUAUUCAUCAUCUACUCCGAGAGCAAGAUGGUCAUCGUGUGCCUCAUCACCAUGUUCUUCGCCAUGCUGCUCCUCAUGGGCACACUCUACGUGCACAUGUUCCUCUUUGCCCGGCUGCACGCCCAGCGCAUCGCGGCGCUGCCCCCGGCCGACGGGGCGGCCCCGCAGCAGCACUCGUGCAUGAAGGGGGCUGUCACCAUCACCAUCCUGCUGGGGGUGUUCAUCUUCUGCUGGGCCCCCUUCUUCCUCCACCUCAUCCUCAUCAUCACCUGCCCCACCAACCCCUACUGCGUCUGCUAUGCCGCCCACUUCAACACCUACCUGGUCCUCAUCAUGUGCAACUCCGUCAUCGACCCGCUCAUCUACGCCUUCCGGAGCCUGGAGCUGCGGAACACGUUCAGGGAGAUCCUCUGCAGCUGUGAGCCAUGAACCUGGGCUAGGGCGCCAGGGCCGGGGGAGUGGGUGCCGGCGGCUCCGUCGCAGGCGAGCCCCC